AUGGUUCGACCAAUACAAGUAGGAAAUAAUGGGGAAGAUAGUCCAGGUUUUCGUGGGAUUGAUGGCUGUGAACUUGAUGACAGUCAAAGGAAGGAUAUUCGCGAGAUAGUAGUACCUGCUUUCGAGAGAAUUACCGUGAAAGAGGAGUCGGGACAAUUCAGAUUUGCUGAAAAAGUAAUCAAGACGUACUCCGAGGUAUGGAGUCGGAUUACGGUUCCUGACAGGCUGCAAUACAUUUAUAUGGGAAUGUAUCAAGGACAGAGACCAGAGAAUAAGGAAUUUCUAAAGGAGUUAGAAACAUUGGAGGCUAGCGUGAGAGCGGAGACUGUGGAGAUGCAAUCAAAUUGGGAAGAAGUCCGAAGAAGACUUCUGGAGGUGUUCGAAAGACAUAAGAAGGUGAAGAUUAUACGGAAUAGGAUAAUCCCGUGGAACUCGGGAACGGCGUGGGAUUGGGUUGCGAAAAUGUGCAUACGAGUGCAAUUAGGACAACACACGUGGAAAGAACUCAUACAAUACUUGAAUGGACAUCCGAAAUUCAUUGGAUUGGUAAACGAUGUGAAGGAAGGAAAUAUUCGAGAAUUAAUGGACAUUGCUAGUCAGGUGGAUGAGUGGGAUAAAGAAAGUAAGAAGGAAAGACAACCUAUGAGAACAUCAAAGAAGACAGUUAGAUGUUACACGUGCAACAAAGUAGGACACUUAAGUAAAGACUGCUGA